AUGUUUCCUGUCGCAGGUGGCUUAGGCCCCCCUCAAGGGAUGAUCCCUAUGCAACAGCAAGGAUUUCCAAUGGUUCCUGUCAUGCAGUCCAACAUGCCAGGCAUGAUGGGAAUGAAUUACGGUUCGCAGAUGCCUCCGGGACCCAUGACCAUGCAGGGUGGCAUGCCCUUAGGGCCGAUGCCAGCGACCGGAAUGCCUUACAUGGGACAGGCUUCGUUCCUGGGGAUGCGUCCCGCAGCCCCGCAGUACACCCCUGACAUGCAGAAGCAGUUUGCAGAGGAGCAACAGAAGAGGUUUGAGCACCAGCAGAAAUUCUUAGAAGAAGAAAGAAAACGGCGCCAGUUUGAAGAGCAGAAACAAAAGCUGAGACUCCUAAGCAGCGUGAAACCGAAGACAGGUGAAAAAAGCAGGGAUGACGCUUUGGAAGCUAUUAAAGGAAAUUUAGAUGGUUUUUCUAGAGAUGCUAAAAUGCACCCGACACCAGCAUCGCAUCCAAAAAAACCAGAUCAUCCCGCCUCAUCCCAUCCCGCUGUAUCUGUUUCCCACUCUGCUUUUCUCGAUGAUGAAGAAUUUAGUGACUUUAUACAAGGGCCUGUUGAAAUCCCCAAACUGGUGCCUCAACCCACCUCUCAGCCUUUCCAGCCUUUCCAUUCUGCUGCGGAGGCUGGGCAACUGCUUUCAGAAAAGGCUGUGGUCCAACCUCUCCCUCCAGCCCAGUCUCCAGUGUUACCCAUCCUGCAUGGUACAACUGGGCAGGUUCCUUAUUUUCCUACCUCUGCAUCUUCACCCAAUAUUCAUAAAACAGGCUCUUCCUUGGAGGAGAAAGUCUUAGAUAAUGGCUCAAAUGAAUCUGAACAAGAGCAAACCAAACUUAAAACAUCCGAAGUUGGGCACAAAGCUUCGGCUGCAAGCCAAGUUCAUCCCAGUCUAACCAUCAAUGACUGGGAUGUUGUAGGUGGACAUGAAAGUGGUACCACUGCUGCAGAGGUGCACAAGGCUUCAGAACAAAACAUAGCAGUUGAAGAGCGUGGAGUUGGAGUAUUCCCUUCACAGGACCCAAUUCAGCAGAUGAUGCCUCCCUGGAUUUACAAUGACAGCUUGGUCCCAGAGUUGUAUAAGAAAAUUUUAGAAACCACUUUGACUCCUGCUGGAAUAGAUACCGCUAAACUGUAUCCCAUACUGAUGUCGUCCGGAUUGCCCAGAGAGACCCUCGGACAGAUCUGGGCUUUGGCCAACCGCACGACCCCCGGGAAGCUCACCAAAGAGGAGCUCUACUCCGUCCUGGCUAUGAUAGCAGUAACUCAGAGAGGAAUACCUGCAGUGAGUCCUGACGUCUUAAACCAGUUUCCAGCCGCCCCCGUUCCUACUUUAACUGGGUUUCCGAUGCCGCUGCCUGCCCCAGUGAGCCAGCAGCCUCUGCUGCCCACCGCCCCGCCGGUCUCCAUGCCUCUCAGCAUCGGGCCGGCCGUGAUGGGCAUGAGCAUCACGGCACCAGCGGGCGGAGCUGCAGGACAGCCUUCGGCAGGAUUCGUGCCGUCCUACCCGCCGAGUCAGGUAGUAAAACCAGAAGAUGAUGACUUCCAGGAGUUUCAAGAUGCUUCAAAGUCUGGCUCACUAGAUGACUCUUUCACUGAUUUCCAAGGGGAUGUGGCUGGCUCCUCCAAAGCAGCCAGUUCACAGCACCGGAGCAGUGUUCCUUCUUUACUAAUGCCACUCCCAGGUAAUAAGACACUCUCAUCAACGGAUAAGUAUGCUGUGUUUAAAGGAAUUGCGGCUGAGAAGCCUUCUGAAAGUACAGCUGCUUUUGGAGAUUGUGGAGACAAGUAUAGUGCUUUCCGUGAAUUAGAGCAACCAUCAGAGAGCAAAUACGUAGGAGACAGCCUUGCAGAAUUCAAGCCUGCAGGAACCGAUGAUGGUUUCACAGAUUUUAAGACCGCUGACAGUAUCUCACCGUUAGAUUUUUUUGACAAACCUUUCCCUACGUCCUUCCCUUCUCUGCCCGUUCAGCCGAAACAGCAAACACAAGCAAAGACCUCUUUGAAUCUCGCAGACUUGGAUCUCUUUUCCUCUACUGGAGAAAACAAGCAGCCCUCCUUUCCACCUGCAUUUAAUACAUCAAAAUCGGGCUCCUUUCCUCCCCCACCCCUUCCAUCUACCGCUGCCCAACCAGCACCCAGCAAAAGUUCAAGCUUAGCUGAUGACUUUGGAGAGUUCAACCUUUUUGGGGAAUUUUCUAACUGCGCAUCAGCCAGCGGACAAGAUGACUUUGCAGAUUUUAUGGCUUUCAACAAUAGCAGUGGAUUUUCCGAACAAAAACCAGAUGACAAAUACAAUGCACUUAAGCUAGAGGCCGGUCCUGUUCCUCAGUCUGGCUCAUCUGCCAGCGCGGGGAAGAGUGGGCAGAGUUCUGCCCCCACCGCCACGCCCACCAAAUACGAUAUCUUCAAACAGCUUUCUCUGGAAGGCUCUGGGGCAGGCUUGGAGGAGGCGAAGGACAACACGCUUUCUUCAGUGAAGAGCGAUGACGAUUUCGCCGACUUUCACUCCAACAAGUUCUCUUCCACGUGCCACAGCGCAGAUAAGUCCCUGGUGGACAAAGUCGCAGCUUUCAAGCAGGCCAAAGAAGACUCUGCUUCGGUGAAGUCUCUGGAUCUCCCUUCUAUCGGUGGCAGCAGUGUCGGCAAGGAGGAUUCCGAAGACGCGUUGUCUGUUCAGUUUGACAUGAAACUGGCUGAUGUGGGAGGAGAUCUUAAGCAUGUCAUGUCUGAUAGCUCUUUGGAUUUGCCAACAGUUAGUGGCCAGCAUCCACCAGCAGCAGAUAUAGAUGACUUAAAAUGUGCCCCAUUUGGAAGCUAUAACAGUGGGUCUGCAGUCAGCAGCCUGGCAAGCUAUGACUGGUCCGACAAAGAAGACAUUCAUCAGGGCAAGAAGCUCUCCUCCUCCUUUGCCCAGUCUUCAGGAAGUGGAUCCUCUGCGGCUACUUCUGUUCUUCAGAAGAAGGAGACCUUGUUUGGCAGUUCAGAAAACAUUACCAUGACAACAGUUUCCAAAGUGACAACCUUUUCUAGCGAGGAUGCUUCACAGGAUGUUUCCUUUGCAGCCUUUGCAAACUUUAAAGACUCUGGACCAAUAUCCAGCGCUCCAAGUGACGAUGACAUUGGCGACUUCGGUGAUUUUGCCAGACCUUCGUCAGAAGCACAGGAUGCAGCAGCAGCUGACACAAACCCAGAGGCAGAUUUCCUCGCUAGCGGUCUCUCUUCUGAACUGCGAAGAGAGUCCACAGAUGACUUUGGAGAAUUUCAAAGUGAAAAGCCAAAAAUCAGCAAGUUUGACUUCUUGGUGGCAACUUCCCAAGGCAAGGUGAAGUCUAGUGAAGAGAUGAUCAAGAGUGAACUGGCUACCUUUGACCUGUCUGUUCAAGGGUCACAUAAAAGGAGCUUAAGCCUAGGUGACCGAGAAAUAAGUCGUUCUUCACCUUUACCAGUUUUGGAACAGCCAUUUAGAGAUCGCUCAAAUACUCUAAGUGAGAAGCCUGCUUUGCCCGUCAUCAGAGACAAAUACAAAGAUUUGACUGGGGAAGUUGAGGAAAGCGAGAGGUAUGCGUAUGAAUGGCAAAGGUGCUUGGAGAGUGCCCUGCAGGUCAUAAAGAAAGCAAAUGAUACCUUAAACGGAAUAAGUAGUUCAUCUGUUUGCACUGAAGUUAUCCAGUCUGCUCAAGGCAUGGAAUAUUUACUAGGGGUUGUUGAAGUCUACAGAGUAACCAAGAGAGUUGAACUGGGUAUCAAAGCAACUGCUGUCUGUAGUGAGAAACUCCAGCAGCUCCUGAAGGAUAUCGAUAAAGUGUGGAACAACCUAAUAAGCUUCAUGUCACUUGCUGCUUUAACGCCAGACGAAAACUCACUGGAUUUCUCUUCUUGUAUGCUGCGCCCAGGGAUUAAAAAUGCCCAAGACCUUGCUUGCGGAGUGUGCCUCCUAAACGUGGAUUCAAGGAGUAAAAAAGAAGAGAAACCUGUGGAAGAGCUUCCUAGAAAAGCCUUUAAUUCGGAAAUGGAUAACUUUAAGCUGGCGUACGGAGGGCACCAGUACCAUGCAAGCUGUGCGAAUUUCUGGAUCAACUGUGUGGAGCCAAAACCUCCCGGUCUCAUUUUGCCAGACCUGCUCUGA